AAGGCAGCUAUGACACAGGCUCAAGCCACGAAGGGGCAGAAAAGGCAACUGGUAUCUAUUCAGGGCCUACCAGGAGCAGGCACUCUGUCUCAUUCUCUUUUCACACCAACCCUAUGAGAAAGGUGGAGCAACUUGCUCAAGGUCACGCAGAGCAAGUGGUCGAGUCAGGCCUCAAAGCUCCCUGACGGGAAAGCUCCUGCCCUUUCCACUGUGCGCACAGCUCCCUUUGUAGAAGGUGGACGGGAGCUUUACCCUGAGAGCCGCCAUCAAAGACCCUCCUCUUCCUACCUGUUGUCCUUGUCCUACCUCUGGAUUGCGCCUCUAUUUCUAAAACUCCCCAGAGCCACUCAGGAAGACGUGGGGAGGCCUCUGAGAUGCCCUCUUCCCUUCAGGACCUUGCAGCCUCCAUGCCUCCCCAGAGGAAACAAUGUCCAUGCAGCCAGCAGCUCCAGACCACAGGCAAGAUAUGGUUGCAUUUUGUCCACACGCAGAUGUAACCUCAUAGAAGAUGCCCAGCAACACUUGGUGAAACUUGAUCUGUUACCACACAGGGCUGUAGCCCACUCCUUGCCCCAACCCCUUUCUCUGGCCUCACCACGUGUGGUGCCUUGAACAAGGCACCCUCUUCUCAUGCUUCUGUGCCUCUGCACGUCUUCCCUCUGCCUGGAAUUCCUUACUUCGACCCUCAAGUCUCUGCUAACUCCCUUCCCUCCAAAGCCUGGUUGAGCACGCUUCCUUCUGGCAAGCCCUUCUUGUCCACCUCCCUCUGCUGCCCCCGCUGCCAGGUUCACAGCCUCACCACCUGGCCGCUGAAGCAUUAUCUCUCAGCGGUCACCAUGCUGCCCUGAGCCCGACCCUGCGGGAUGCCUGGGCUCAGCACACAGUGCCUGCUUCCUGGUAGGUACUAGAAACACACAUUCAUUGCAUUCGAGGCUGCUUAAGACACCAGGAAAGGGAGACGGCUUGCCAGAGAGAGCAAAGUCGGUGGCUGUGCGGACUGAGCAGGUUGAUCAGGGAAGAAUAGGUAGACUAUUAGGGAUAGGCGAGACUAUGUUGCAAACCCCGGCUGCUUAAAACAACAAAGGUUGAUUUCUCAUCCAAGCUACAUAUCCCGUGCAGGCCAGCAGGGGGCUCUGCUCACGACAGUCACUCAGGGACCCAGACGGACGGAGAGCAGUCACCGUGUCUAACAGAAUCACACUGUCAGGGGGCAGGAGAUCUGGGGUCUUGCAUUAACAAUUAAAUGCUUUGGUUGGGAAAUCACAUGGCUCCGUCCAAUCAGGGGGCGCCACCCAGUCCCACAAGUCAAGGAAGUGCAAUUCUACCCUAUGCCAGACAGGUGGAGAGCUGGGAACCCCGGAGAGCAGGAGGGGCUCAGGGCCGGCUCUCCGGUCAGGUCAGCCGUGAGAAUGGGCAGGGCAGCACCUCCGGGCAGGGCCUCCGGGCCGUGGACUUAUCAGCAGGUCUACCUGUCUGAGCUCCAGGCAGCUCUCAGCUGGGCUCCUGUUCUGGGGCCCUGUGCUAGGGGUGGGGCUGGCAGAGGAAACCACCAGGUGUGGCCAUGGGAAAGUCCCUCCAACAUUCUACAGAAACAUGGAAUUUCCUGGUUUUAACCAUUUCUUAUCCAACUGCCAUCUCGGAGCUGACCAGAGCAGGACAGACCUCUCCAGCCUCCGAGGAAAUUUGAUCUGGGGUACUGAGUCCUGACUGGGAGGCUGGUACACCUGGGUUCCAGCCCCAGCAGUCUCUGAAGAUCACAGGCAAAUUACUGAAGGUGUGUGGGCCUCAAUGCUUCCAACGCCUGUCUGUAGAGAGCUUUCCAGUUUCUCAAGCAUUUCCAAAUACAUUGUUCCACGUCAUGCACACAACCAAUGGAGCAAAUGUUACUAUCCUCGUGCCUUGGAUGGAAAACUGCCCAGGAGGGGUUGUGUGCUGUGCUCAAGGUCGCACUGGAGGGCAUAACCUGGGUUCCAGUGCUUGCUCUUGGGUGUCUGUGGGCUCCCUAGGAAGAUGUGUCAGACCCAAUUUCUCCUAGGAGUGGCUAGGCGUAGGUCCUGGACCUCCCUGGGGCUACUGGGUGUGGGAACUCCGUCUUCCCAGGCAGCUCCCGCUUGGUUAACUUGCCCAACCUGCUCUGUUGACUCUAGGCCAAGCCCUGAACUUCCCUGCUCCAGAUGCUGAAAGAGCACCCAGUGAGUGGCCCAUCACAGCCAUCCAGCCUCAGUUCCUGGCCUCUUUGUGGCUCAGACUCUGGUCCCAUCACCUCCACUUGGGAACUCAGAGCAUCCUCUUUCUCCUUCCUGCUGGGGUGGUGGUGGCCACCCAGCCGCCUCUGUCUCUUUAAGGGAGAGAGAGCGAAAGAACGAAAUCAGGAAGUGUGAGAGAGCUGAGCGCUGCUGAGCCGCAGAGUGUCCGCCGCCGAGAGGCAGAGAGGAAACCCUCGGCUGGCUCUUCCCAGCUCCUGGGGUGGCACACAGCCACUUCAACUUGCCCAUUCUUCGGGUUCCCAGGGCCUGUGGCCACCAGGAUGCUAUGAGCACUGCCCAUGAAUGACAGCGAGUCUUGAAAGCUCUGGGGGUGCCACCCAGUCCUACAAGCCUGCAUGCCCCACAGCCGAGAUGGGCUCAGCUCCUGGACUUGCCGCAGACAGAAAGCAUAACACAUACUCGUCAGGGAGAGUCUUUGCCUGAUCCUGGGCUGCUCAGAGCGUGAGGCACAAGGUGGCCAGCCAGCCAGGGGCAGGAGAUGCAGAGCACCGUCAAUUACCUGUGGCACACCGACGACCUGCUGGGGCAGGGGGCCACCGCCAGUGUGUACAAGGCCCGAAACAAGAAAUCCGGGGAGCUGGUCGCUGUGAAGGUCUUCAACACCGCCAGCUACAUGCGACCCCGCGAGGUGCAGGUGAGGGAGUUUGAGGUCCUGCGGAAGCUGAACCACCAGAACAUCGUCAAGCUCUUCGCGGUGGAGGAGACGGGGGGCAGCCGGCAGAAGGUGCUGGUGAUGGAGUACUGCUCCAGUGGGAGCCUGCUGAGCGUGCUUGAGAGCCCCGAGAACGCCUUCGGGCUGCCGGAGGACGAGUUCCUGGUGGUGCUGCGCUGUGUGGUGGCUGGCAUGAACCACCUGCGGGAGAACGGCAUCGUCCACCGUGACAUCAAGCCCGGGAACAUCAUGCGCCUCCUGGGGGAGGAGGGGCAGAGCAUCUACAAGCUGACGGACUUUGGGGCCGCCCGCGAGCUGGACGACGAUGAGAAGUUCAUCUCGGUCUAUGGGACUGAGGAGUACCUGCACCCUGACAUGUAUGAGCGGGCGGUGCUUCGCAAGCCCCAGCAGAAGGCAUUCGGGGUGACUGUGGAUCUCUGGAGCAUUGGGGUGACCCUGUACCACGCAGCCACCGGCAGCCUGCCCUUUGUCCCCUUCGGUGGGCCACGGCGAAACAAAGAGAUCAUGUACCGGAUAACCACGGAGAAGCCAGCCGGGGCCAUUGCAGGCACCCAGAGGCGGGAAAACGGGCCUUUGGAGUGGAGCUACAGCCUCCCCGUCACCUGCCGGCUGUCGUCGGGGCUGCAGAGCCAGCUGGUGCCCAUCCUGGCCAACAUCCUGGAGGUGGAGCAGGCCAAGUGCUGGGGCUUCGACCAGUUCUUUGCGGAGACCAGCGACAUCCUGCAGCGAGUCGUUGUGCACGUCUUCUCCCUGUCCGAGGCGGUCCUGCACCACGUCUACAUCCAUGGCCACAACACGAUAGCCAUCUUUCUGGAGGCUGUGUAUGAGCAGACCAAUGUGGCCCCCCAGCACCAGGAGUACCUCUUUGAGGGUCACCUCUGUGUCCUCGAGCCCAACCUGUCAGCACAGCACAUUGCCCACACGACGGCAAGCAGCCCCCUGACCCUGUUCAGCAUGGCCAGCGAGACCCCCAAGGGACUGGCCUUCAGGGACCCGGCUCUGGACGUCCCCAAGUUUGUUCCCAAAGUGGACCUGCAGGCAGAUUACAACACGGCCAAGGGCGUGUUGGGCGCAGGCUACCAGGCCCUGCGGCUGGCGCAGGCCCUGCUGGCUGGGCAGGAGCUCAUGCUUCGGGGGCUGCACUGGUUUGUGGAGAUCCUCCAGGCCACGUGCAGGCGGACACUGGAGGUCACAAGGAUGGCCCUCCUCUUCCUCAGCAGCAGCCUGGGCACCGAGAGGUUCAGCAAUGGGGCUGGGAUGCCUGAAAUCCAGGAACUGAAGAGGGCCACAGAGCUGAGGUCCCAGCUGCGGACUCUGGCUGGGGUCCUCUCCAGGUGUUCCCACAAUAUCACAGAGACCCAGAUGAGCCUGAGCAGCCUGAGCUCUGAGCUGGCGAAGAAUCGGGAUCAGGUACAUGAAGACAGAAGCACCCAGAAGAUUCAGUGCUGUCUGGACAAGAUGUACCUUAUCUACAAACAGUUCAAGAAAUCCCGGGUGAGGCCAGGUGCUCAGCAGCCACCUGUGUCUGGGCGCCACCACAUUGGACACACGGAUCUGGAAGAUAGUCUUCUCUCCUUGGGAGCUUCAGUCCUGCCUCAGGGUCUGGCCUGGGAAGGUGGAGGGCAGCACCGAGGCGGGGAAACCGAGCCUGGCCACCUUGGCUGUGGUUUCAGCGGAGCCUUGGAGCAGCUUUCUGCCCCUCGCUGGAAUUCCGCAAUCCUGUUGCCAGUACCUUCUGAGCACCUCCCACAGCUGUGCCGGUGCUGUCCUGGGGCCGUGCACGGUCUUCAUUUAUUUAGUGCUCACAAAAACUCGAGGCACCGGUACCCUCCCCAUCUGAGAGCUGAGGAAGCAGAGACCGCGAAGGUGAAGCAGCCCGAGCAAUCUGGGGCUGGCUGCUUUAACCACCCCAUAUUAUAGCCUCAAAGAGUUUCGUUUCUAUCGGUCUUCAAGAGUCCUUUAUUGAAACUAGAAAUGAACCAGGAGGAAUAGCCCCUGCCUGCUAACACCUGGGUGCGGAAAGGUGCUGUUCUCAGAAUGCUCAGGAAUUUUCAGGCCAUCUCUACCCUCACCCCAUCCUGUAUGUCACAUAUGCCAGCGAGGAAACCGACUCAUGAGGGGGAUCCUGGCCUACAGCACCCCCAUGAGGAACCAGGGCUGGGACUUGGAGCUCGGACUGCACAAGUGCUCAGCUGGCCGAGAGCACAGCCCAGGAGAGGGCCUGGGAAGGGGUCCUGCUCUGAGGGCAGUGGGGCAGGGCAGCAAGGCAACACGCCCUUUCCCUCAGAGCCCAGGAGGGGCAGCAUCUCCAGGGCAGUGAGCCUCAGGAGGCGGCCAAGGCCCAGAAGACUUCAGCCCUUUCAGCCCUCCUGGAAAAGGUGGCAGAAGGCGCUGGCCUGGCUUCUCCAGCCACUUGCUGCAGAACCAGCUCUGACUGCAGGUUGAAUGUUCACGGGUGGGGCCGCAGGCCGUAGGCAUCAGUCACUCUGGGAGGGGUGUGGACAAGGGGCUGGGGCUGACCAAGCACCCUUCAAGACCCAUCUCAUCUACCCUUCCCACCAGAAGCAUUCCCCAGGAACCCUUCCCUCCACGCUAACACUAUGGGUUCGCCUGCCCCAGGACCCUGUGGGAACUCUGCUGCUUCUGUAGGCGUUGCCUCAUCCUGAUGCAGUGUCCUGGGUGCUUGUUCCACUCCUGUCCCUGCUCCCUCCACUGGGCUGGGAGCUCCUGGGAGCAGGGCCCUGGUGGGGUUGUCCUCAUCUUUGUAGGUGACCCCCGACCCUUGUGGCAUUCCAUUUGGUUGACUGAUGAACAGGUGAUAUGUUCCUGUCUGUUU